AUGUUAGGUACCAAAUUAUUCUCUGCUUUCAUCUUGUUUGUAUUGGUUUUGACCUUGGUGGCAGAAAACGAAGUCGAUGCUGCACCAGAACCUUGUAAAGAGUUAUUUGAUAUUAUGUUCGCUAAACCAGAAAAGUUAAAGAAACCGAAAGAAGAUAAAAAAGAUGUACCAGAUGACUCAGAAAAACCUAAAAAGGCAAAGAAAAAGCAAUUGCAAAAAUUAGAAAAAAGU